CUUUUACGGCAGCAUCGACAACAAUGGACUCGCAGAGAAGCUGGGUCGUGGCUGGCGCCUGCUUCUGGACCAACGUGUUCGCCUUCCCUCUUCUCGGCGCUGCCGGCGUCGUGUACGUCAAUAUUCUACAAACCUUCCACGUGAGCCGGGAGGAAGCCUCGUGGCCCGUCAGCCUCACGUCCACGUUCUACCUUCUCGCAGGUCUUCUUGGAGGAGUCCUGAACCAGUACGUCACCAUCCGGACCAUCUUGGUGAUCUCCUGUACUAUCAGCGCCCUGCUCGUCUCAUCCUGCUACUUCACCACGAGCCUGUGGUUCUUAAUUGUUGUGUUGGGCGUCUUGCAUGGAAUAUUCGUAGGUGGCAUCAGGCUAAACGUGGUGGCCAUCAACAAACACUUCGCCAAAUACUUAUCCAGUGCGUCGGGACUGAACAUGGCCGGUCAUUCUAUGGGAGGAUUCAUCCUGCCGCCGCUGCUUCAGCUUCUGUUCGACCAGUACGGCUUCAGGGGAGCUCUUCUCAUGUGCGGCGGCAUCUCGCUCAACGCUGUCCCCGCGGCUCUUCUUUGUGGUGACCCGGACAAACCGAAGCCACCGGUGGAACAUAGCGAAACCAGUGAUGAAAGCGGUUUUGGAAAGGUCGAAUUUCGCGAAGAGGAGUCCAUCGCUACUGAUUUGAGCGCGACGUUUUAUCACACGUCUGAUGGAGUGGAUGUGCUGCCGGAAAAACCGAUGAAAGAGGUUGUAAGGUACAAGCUGCUUUCACCUGUCCUUUCGGAGAAAAGCACUUGUACUCUGGGAUCAAGUUUGAAGGCCUUUCGGACGACCGAUUUGAAUAAAGAACCGCCGCUUCAGGGCACAGCGCCGAACGAACUCAGCGCUCUUCGCCAAGAUAGCGCAGCCGUUACCGAACACAACUACGGGUUCAUUUUAAACCCGCACUUCUACCUGGUGACGCUUACUCACCUCGUUGUAUUUUCGAACAUGGUUACGUGCCUUACUGUGAUAAUUGACUUUGCCGUCGAUUGCGGCGUUCCCAAGUGGGAUGCGGUGCUCCUGCUGCAAGCGUACUCUGUCGCAGACGUCGUGGCGCGUCUCGGUUCGGGCUGGGUGACGGACAAGAGAUACCUGUCGAGGAGGGCGUGGACCGCCCUGUGUCUGCUCUGCUGGGCUGCGGCGUUGGCGUCGAUGCCGCAAGGGCGUUCCUUCGGCGCGUUGUUUGUGUGCGCCGUCGUUUCCGGUUGGUGCAACGGUUCCACAUUGUCCCUGGUCCCGGUUCUCUACGCUGAAGUGACCGACGCGCGGCGUUACCCUCUAUGCUUCGGAGCAGGAUCCAGCUUGGUCGGCCUCGCCAACCUGUUUCGGCCGUUGUUGAUAGGUCGCUUCCGUGACAACUUCGGGGGCUAUGGAGGCUUGUUCUACUUGUACGCCGGCUGUACAUGCGUGAUGAUAAUAUUCUGGUUAUUGUUUGAAGUGCGGAAUCGGUACAAAGCACAAAAAAUUUUAGCUUUUUAGAUCGUUGCCAAGUGACCACACAUUUGUAACAGCCUGCAAUGACCCAAAUAUGCACCAGGAAGGCUAAGACAGAAUAUUUCCACUGCAGUCCGUUGGAGGGAGAAUCGUUGAAUUGUAUCACAAUAUGGUCCGCUCCUAAAGCAAUCUAAACAGUAAUGAAGCAAACAGACAACAUCAAGAGUUCUUGAUUUUUAUCCAACAAAAUCUCUGACGUGAACUAUGAGGCACAAAUAUAUAGAUGCAAUAUAACCAGCAGGCCGUUCUGUGAUGUCUUAGUGGCGAUCGAUGGCAAAGUAUUAACUAAGUGUUACCUUGAAGAGCCGGCCAUACUACUCUACUAUACAUCCUUAGAGCUAACGCUGUCUUUCGUAAAACGAUUGCACUUUAUAUAGGAUAACAUCAUUACUUGUGUAAAUUAUCAGUGCCCUGGCGAAAUUGCUUCCCACCACUUGAUUUCCUUUCUCGUAUGUUCUGAGGGAAACGAAAUAUGUGGGCUUACAUUAGGCAAGAAACUGAAAAUAAAUUGCAAGGUUAUACCCCAUAUAGCGCAGGGAAAUGGCGCUAUCAAUUAGCAAAAGCGACGUUGAGACUGCAGAACACUUUUCUACGGCUAUAUGUGUUACGCAGCUCCUUUGCUCAACUAGUCUACGCUGAUCACCUCCUGCAAGAUGCAGCAUCAAACGCCCCUCUCUACGGACAAGUUUAAACCGACUCGACUCGAGACCGUUCUCUGAGUCAAAGAUGCUCGGACCGUGGCCCCAUCCGUCACUGGCACAAAAAAGCAAUUCGUGCACUAGUGAGUACUUGAAGUUCACCGGCGUGAGAGACCGCUUAUAGUGCUGCUGUGUAUCCUCCCUGGUGCACGCAGUGCUCACUCUCUUCCUCUUUCUGUUUCCCCUUUCCAUUAAGCCAAGUGCAGGGAAGCAAACCGGACGCUCGUCUGGUUGACCUCCCUGCCUCACCUCUCCUUGCUUUUUCUUUCUCUCUCUUUCUCUCUGCUGGCUUCAUCGAUUGAGCAAUGGUUUUGGAAUAUAUAGACGUACAGAAUUAGCUUUCCAGUUAAGCAGUGAUGCAGAAUAUUUCCUUUUAUUUAUUACGCGAUGAGCAAUUACGAAGUUCAGGUUUCGAUUCUAGGCUAACCCUGUGGAUGCAGCCUUACCUGGUGAUCGGGAACGAAGCGUCUUCGACAAGGCCAGCGAGUCUGUAAGACAUAUUG